AAGCAAUCCUCCAAACUUCUACCUGUAACCUCAAAGUCUUCUCAAAAUGGCCGUGAUCCUGAAGCCGUGGACAGUGCUGGUGGCCUUAGUGCUGUGUGUGCUGGUGUGUCUGGGAACACUGGCAGACGCCUACCCCCCGAAACCUGAGAACCCUGGGGAAGAUGCUGCUCCCGAGGACUUGGCCAAGUACUACACCGCCUUGAGACACUACAUCAAUCUGAUCACCAGGCAGCGGUAUGGAAAGCGUUCCACUCAGGAGGACGUGGUUGCAGAGCUGCUGUUUGGUGGCGACAGCAACCGAGACCAGAGAUCAAGAUAUGACGACUCCUACAUGUGGUGACUCCGCUGCCCCUCCCUCCUCAUGGAGCAUUUCCUCCUGGUGCAUCCCACAAUGCACCUGGAGGGGCCGACAUGAGCCUCUCCCCUCCAACCCCUGAAACCGGCCUUGAACUGAAGACCAUCACUGACCGGAACACGAGCUCUCUUAUUCUCUCUGGCCACUGUCUCACAUCUCUCUCAUUAUAACACAAUUGUAGAUAAGUUAUUCUUCAAAUAUAUAUAUAUGAGAUCAGAGCUACCAAUCAGAAGGUUGACCUGUGUCUGUGUGUAUGUGUGUGUGUGUGUGUGUGUGUGAUCACUUAUUGUCCUUGUCAUGUCAAAA